AUGGAGAAGAAACUGUGUGAAAGCGAGACCUAUGAUGAAACACAACUUGAAAAUAUUGAUGUUUCUCCUGAAACUAAGGAAGCAAAACCCAAGAAAUCAUAUUCCUGUGACUUAUGUGAGGAGACAUUCAAAAGCAAAAGUCAGUUAAUCCAACAUAAAUCAAUUCACAGAGGUGCAAACCUUUAUGAUUGUGAAAUUUGUGGUAAAACAUUUUCUCAUAGUAGUCUUUUAUCUAUGCAUGUACGUAUUCACACAGGUGAGAGGCCCUAUCACUGUACUAUCUGUGGUAAAACGUUCGCUGUAAGUAGUGCGUUUUCUCGACAUAAACGCAUUCAUACGGGUGUGAAGCCACACCACUGUAAUAUUUGCGGUAAAGCAUUUUCUGAAUCUAGAAAUUUAUCCAUCCAUAUACGUAUUCACACAGGUGAGAAACCCCACCAUUGUGACGUAUGUGGUAAAUCAUUUUCACAGAGCGGUCAUUUGUCUAACCAUAUUCGUAUUCACACAGGUGAGAAGCCAUACCGUUGCAAUGUCUGUGGAAAAGCUUUCACUGAAAGUAGCAGUUUAUCUAGCCAUAGACGUCUUCACACUGGAGAAAAACCAUAUCACCCUACCAUCAUUGUUAAUUUAACCAUAUCGUUACAGAAAGAAACGAACGACAUCGAGACAGAUGAUAUUGAUAUAGGUGAAGAGAAAUAG